GUUGAAAUAUCAUCAUGGCCAUAGAUCAUCAUGUAGCAUUAACUUAAGGAAUAUUGAUAUUUAAAGGUUGAAAUAUGACGAUUAUUAUAUAAAUUUGUGUAAUUUAAAAGUCUCUGAACACUGCGUAUUUCGAAAGUCUUGGGCAAUUAACUGUUCAUGGGACAUAGCAGAGAUUUGUUUGUAAACAGACUCAAGACAGAUAAGAUUUUAAUAACAUGUUGGGAACGUCAGCCGUGGUAAAAAUUUCCAAAGAAAGAUACGAGUCCAGCACCUAUAAAACAACCCCUGGUGGGAAAGGUCACCUCUGUAAACCUGUAAUUGUGGACAUCAGAAAGACUCACUUUGGCCUCUUCAGCCAUGAGCGACCAUCAGCCUCCAGGGAUGUUGACCUACUUACAAAGACGUUCCAAAAAUUACCGGGAUUUCAUCCAGUCCCCUACGUCAUUAGUGAUAGGAAUUCGGAGGAGGAAGGUCAUCCUUUGAACUCUGUAGAAAACCUGAAAAAGGAACUGAGAAACAUUGCCAGUAACAAAGAGAUAACAAAGGAUUCGGAGAUCUUUGUGUGUGUUGUGCUGGCGUUUGGGGAGUCGGGGUAUUUCUAUUUACCCAAUGAUCCAAUAGAAGGCUACAAACCACGGAACAAACAACCUCCAAAGUUCUCCGUAAAUGAAUUGCUGCUUUACUUCAAAGGAAACCACUGUCCACAUCUGAUCCUCAAACCAAAAGUUUUCCUGAUACAGACCUGUAACCCUAACCUGGACCAGAAAGAUAGAUCCCUGUUUCUUAAGGAUGAAGGGCUACAGCCCCAAAUACAGAGGACCCCCAUAGAAGCUGACAUACUUAUCUAUCAUUCCAUAGUCUCAGGUGGUUAUACUGAUAGAAUGAAAAAAGAAACAAAGUCAGGACUAGGAGAGAACAUUGACCAUAUAGGAAGUACUGACGGUCAGUCGGCCUGUCAGUUUGUGUACGCCCUCUACAAGGAGGUCACGGCUCUCACUGACCACAGGGAAGAGUUUGAACUGACCGAUCUCAUUCUCAAUGUCAAUAGGUCACUAGAGGACUUCAUUGAGAAGGAGCAUUACAAAUCUGACGAGAGAAACAAACCCUGGAAUAUCGAACCUCCAGAGGUUCCUGUGUGUAUAGAUCAGCUGACCAAGAAACUGGUGCUAAAGACACGAUAAGAUAUAACCUGGAUUAUCGAACCACCAGAGGUGCCUGUGUAUAUAGAUCAGCUGACUAAGAAACUGGUGCUAAAGACACGAUAAACAAAGAUGGAAUUCUACUCAGAGACCUAUAUAUUGUUGUAGACUAUGUUAUUUUAAUAAUAUUUUUUAAUUAUAAUAUAUGGAAACCUAUUUGAGAUAAUUAUAUAGGAUCUCCCAUGAUUUGUAGUUGGAUGUGAUUUGUAUCCAAUGAGUUAUGUGGGUUUUCUUUAUCCCAGAGCCACAACGUAUUAAAAAAAUAAUACCCAUCUUCAAGUCAUGGGAGAUUCUCUUUAUCUCAUGUUCAAUACUUCACAACUGAUGUUUUUAUCUGUUUUUCCAUAGAACUCCAUCUUAUUAUACUUUAUUAUGCUAACUCAUAACCAUUGUGAUGUUUGAGGGAUAUCAACAAAAUAUCAAACGAGGCAAAUCCAAAAGAUAAAAGGGUAAACAUGGAAUAAAUUAUAAAUGUGUUUAACUUAAGGAUAACACUAGAGAGUCUUUCUCAUUACAUGUAACAUUUACCAUAAAAAUUUCCAAAAACAAAAUAUUAUUAUAAUCAAUAUAAUAUUAAAUUGAUAUUGUUACAUAGUGUAUCCAAUGUGCCGUUUCCAUUCAUGCGAGAUUUUCAUUCUUUAUUGGAAGAAAUUAAUUUGUUUGAGAGAGAAAAAAGUUUUAAUUGAAUGUUAAUUAACAUCAAAUACUUGUAACUAAGUAAUCUUUUUAUGAGGUUUUGACAGUUUCAUGCAUCAAAUAAUGUUUGUUUUAUAGUUUUCAAUUGGAUUUUAAAGAAGUUGUUAAAUUUUAUAAAAUAACACAUGCAUUAUUUUAAGUUUAAUUUGUUGCAUGUAGAAACAACAAUUAUAUAUCUUUAAAAUUACUAAUAUGUACACUUUUAUAUGUAUUUUUACUAUUCAAGUAGUGAUCAUCUACUAACAUAUUGUAAAUUUUAUGCAAAAAGGUUAUAUGUAAUCUUGUUUGGCGAAUAUAUAAAUGAGAUUGACAUUAAACAUGUUAUAAACCACUCUAGGGGUUUUUGUAAGGGCUGAUACCCAAGUGAUACUUUUCAUCAAGACCAAAUCAGAUGUUAUUGUUAGGUCACCUGAUUCACUAAGGUGACCUAUUGCUUUUUGUCCACUGUCAACUGUUCUUAUGUCGAUGUGAUAUAUCCUGGUGAGCUUGAGAUAAAAGUUACCACAGAGUCUGACACAUCUGUUUCACAUUUGGAUAUUUUUAUCAGUUGAAAAGUUAAACUAAAAACCAAGUGUUAUUAUUAUGUGUUAUGAGGGUUUCUAAAUGACCUAUUAUUAAUUAUCAAUCUAUUUUUAUAGAAUUGUUCCAUUAUUUUUCGAUCGUGUUUGACAUCUGUAGUUGAAGAUUAAUUGUUUUAUUUGAUGUUUUGAAAGGGUAUUUGAGCAUGGUAGCAACAUCUAAUUCUUGACAUUUCCUUGCUGUAUCGCAAUAUCGAUGUCAUUUACUCAGAUUUUUUAUCAACUUAAUGGUUAGAUCUUAGGGUUGUGUUCUUUGAAUUUGUUGUACAUAGCUCUACCUAAUUUCAGCGUUGUAAAUUAAUGUCAUACAGAUUCCCCUGUUCAUGCAUUUUCUAUCCUUAAUUGACUGCUCAGUACUACAGUGGGCGGAGUUGUCACAGAUUAGAUGUGAGUGAGUUUGUAAGUGAGUCAAUCUAGGAAAAUUCUUUGUUAAAUUCAGUUUGUUCCAAGCAAAAUUUAUUCUAAAUUAUAUUUUCAUUCUUUAUAUUUUUAGACAAACAAUAAAUUCUGAAGUUUAAA